AUGAGUGCCAAGAAGAGAGGGAGCCCCGCGCGGACUCAUUCCAUGAUGUCCCUGUCGGUGCGGCCGCAGCGCCGCCUGCUCAGCGCCCGGGUCAAUAGGAGCCAGUCCUUCGCAGGCGUCCUCGGCAGCCAGGAGCGGGGCCCCAGGAGCUUCCCGGCCUUCAGUCCCCCGGGGCCCCCACGGAAGCCCCCAGCGCUCUCCCGAGUGUCCAGGAUGUUUUCCGUGGCGCACCCAGCCCCUAAGGUCCCACAGCCUGAGCGGCUGGACCUGGUGUACACUGCGCUCAAGCAGGGCCUGACGGCCUAUUUGGAAGUGCACCAGCAAGAACAGGAGAAACUCCAGGGACAGAUUAGGGAGUCCAAGAGGAAUUCCCGGCUGGGCUUUCUAUAUGACUUGGACAAGCAAGUCAAGUCCAUUGAACGCUUCCUGCGACGGUUGGAGUUCCAUGCCAGCAAGAUUGAUGAGCUAUAUGAAGCAUACUGUGUCCAGCGGCGUCUCCGGGAUGGCGCCUACAACAUGAUCCGUGCCUACAGCACUGGGUCUCCAGGGAGCCGAGAGGCCCGGGACAGCCUGGCCGAAGCUACUCGAGGGCAUCGUGAGUACACAGAGAGCAUGUGUCUGCUGGAGAGUGAGCUGGAAGCACAGCUGGGCGAGUUCCAUCUCCGGAUGAAAGGGCUGGCUGGCUUCGCCAGGCUGUGUGUGGGGGAUCAGUAUGAGAUCUGCAUGAAAUAUGGGCGUCAACGCUGGAAACUACGGGGCCGGAUUGAGGGUAGCGGAAAGCAGGUGUGGGACAGCGAGGAAACCGUCUUUCUUCCUCUGCUCACGGAAUUCCUGUCUAUCAAGGUGACAGAACUGAAGGGUCUGGCCAACCAUGUGGUUGUAGGCAGUGUCUCCUGCGAGACCAAGGACCUGUUUGCUGCCCUGCCCCAAGUUGUGGCUGUGGACAUCAAUGACCUCGGCACCAUCAAGCUCAGCCUGGAAGUCACAUGGAGCCCUUUCGACAAGGAUGACCAGCCCUCAACUGCUUCCACUGUCAACAAGGCCUCCACAGUCACCAAGCGCUUCUCCACCUAUAGCCAGAGCCCACCAGACACGCCCUCACUUCGGGAACAGGCCUUUUAUAAUAUGCUGAGGCGGCAGGAGGAGCUGGAGAAUGGGACGGCAUGGUCCUUGUCAUCCGAAUCUUCAGACGACUCAUCCAGCCCCCAGCUUUCAGGCAUUGCCCGCCACUCUUCAGCUCCCAGGCCUCUGGUGCAGCAACCUGAACCUCUGCCCAUUCAAGUCGCCUUCCGUAGGCCUGAGACCCCCACCUCUGCACCUGUGGAUGAAGAGGGGAUCAUGGCCCCAGCCCUGGCCAAUGGCCAUGCCCCCUAUAGCCGGACUCUGAGCCACAUCAGUGAGGCCAGUGUGGAUGCUGCCUUGGCUGAGGCUUCUGUGGAGGCUCUGGGCCUAGAAUGCUUAGCUCAGGGACCUAGCCUGCCUGCACACCUAGAUCCCACCCAUGGGGAGCAACCUGGUCCUGUCCCUCCUGCUGUGGACCCUUGCCAUUCUGCCACAAGCCUUACCCUCAGUACAACAGGCCCCACCCACAUAUCUACAGACCCUGCUUUGUCUGCACACCUAGAUUGGGUUCACAAGAUCACAGACUCUAGCUCUUCUGAACUGCCAGGCCCUACCCACACCAUCAGAGGAUCUACCUAUAAUGACAUCAGCCUUACCCAAAGUGCUCCAAGCCUCACUCAUACUACCACAGCUUCUACCCACAAGCCCAUGGUCUCUACCCUCACCACUACAAGCCCUACUCCCAGUGCCACAGCCCCAGUCCAGACCACCACAAGUCCCACCCACAAGCCAAUCCCCACCCACACUACUGCAAGCCCCACCCAUGCCACUACAAGCCCCACCCAUGCAAGUACAAGCCCUGCUCACAAAGCCAGGAUGUCAACUCACACCACUACAAGUCCUACCCCCAAGGCUAAGGACCCAGUCCAGACCACUAGGAGCCCCACCCAUCCUGUCACAAGCCCCACCCUUAUAACUGUAAGCUCUUCCACUUUUCUAGACCAUGCCGUGCUUCCCAGCUCCUCUGCAAAGGCAGACCCUACCCUCCCAGGCACCAACACCCAGUCUUGUAGCUACCCAUUUUCCACUCCUUGCACUCAGGCAGACCCCGUAGCCCCCAGCACCUCCUACCCAAGUCCUGCCUGUUCCAGUUGCGAACCCCUCACAAGUCCAUCCCCAGAUUCCCCAGAACCGGACCUUCAGAAUCCAAGUCCCCCUCUCUCACCCGUAGCCCCUGUGGCCCAGCAUUUAGACCUUAGCCUGGCUGUGGCCACUCAGGCCCCAGUUCCAGGAGCAGCUGGAGGGGCUGGGGAUAGGAGGCUGGAAGAGGCACUAGGGGCCCUAAUGGCUGCCCUGGAUGACUAUCGUGGCCAGUUCCCUGAGCUGCAGGGCCUAGAGCAGGAGGUGACCCGGCUGGAGAGUCUGCUCAUGCAGAAACAAGGCCUCACUCGCAGCCGGGCCUCCAGCCUUAGUAUCACUGUGGAGCAUGCCCUGGAGAGCUUCAGCUUCCUCAAUGAGGAUGAAGAUGAAGACAUCGAUAGUCCUGGAGACAGGCCCCCAAACAGCCUGGAGCCUGGGGCUGAGGACAGCCUCGACUUACCCAGUGCCCGCCCCCUCAGCACGGAGUGUCCAGCUCUGGACGCUGCCUUGGUCCAGCACCUGUACCACUGCAGCCGCCUCCUGCUGAAACUGGGCACAUUUGGGCCCCUGCGCUGCCAGGAGGCAUGGGCCCUGGAGCGGCUGCUGAGGGAAGCCAGAGUGCUAGAGGCCGUAUGUGAGCUUAGCAGACGAUGGGAAGUACCUGCCACCUCUGCCCAGGAAGUGGUGCAGUUCUCAGCCUCUCGGCCCAGCUUCCUCACCUUCUGGGACCAGUGCACAGAGGGACUCAGCCCCUUCAUCUGCCCCAUAGAGAGAGUGCUCCUCACCUUCUGCAAUCAAUACAGUGCCCGUCUCUCCCUGCGCCAGCCAGGCCUAGCUGAGGCUGUGUGUGUCAAGUUCCUGGAGGAUGCCCUGGGGCAGAAGCUGCCCAGGAGGCCCCAGACAGGCCCUGGAGAGCAGUUCACCAUCUUCCAGUUCUGGAGUUAUGUCGAAGCCUUGGACAGCCCCUCUAUGGAGGCCUAUGUGACUGAGACCGCCGAGGAGGUGUUACUGGUGCGGAACUUGAAUUCAGAUGACCAAGCUGUUGUGCUGAAGGCCCUGAGGUUGGCUCCUGAGGGGAGACUGCAAAGGGAUGGGCUUCGGGCCCUCAGCUCCCUGCUUGUCCAUGGCAACAACAAGGUCAUGGCUGCUGUCAGCACCCAGCUCCGGAGCCUGUCACUGGGCCCCGUCUUUAGGGAAAGGGCCCUACUGUGCUUCCUGGACCAACUCGAGGAUGAGGAUGUACAGACAAGAGUGGCUGGUUGCCUGGCCCUGGGCUGCAUCAAGGCUCCUGAGGGCAUUGAGCCCCUGGUGUACCUGUGCCAAACGGACACAGAAGCUGUGAGGGAAGCCGCUCGACAGAGCCUGCAACAGUGUGGGGAAGAGGGACAGUCUGCCCAUCGACGGCUGGAGGAAUCACUGGACGCCCUGCCCCGCAUCUUUGGGCCUGGCAGCAUGGCCAGCACAGCAUUCUAAAUUUCCUACCCACUGGCUUCCGGUGCCCCUUCCUCUCACUUUCAGGGCUCACCAGGCACUGGCAGGGAGGGUGAGGGCUGGCUCCAGACACCUCUCCCCCACAGAUUCCUAUCAAUGAAAAUCUAAUAUAUUCUUCUGUUGCCCUUGGGUUGGUAGAGUCAGUGCCUGAAGUCAAGUGCCUCCCAGCCUCGGCUCAGCACACUUGCCACAAAUCAGUGUCCUGCCACAUCCCUUGGUUUUAUAUUUUAUUUACAGAGUUUUACAG